GGAGCCCUGCGCCACCGCCUCGCCCUGCCCUUGCCGGCGAGGGCUCUUGGAUUGCAGCCGCCUCCGUCCGCCGGGCCGGAGCCUGGAGCCGGGCCUGCUUGCGCCCUUGCCCCGCGGCACGACCGCGCUAGACUUAAGUCAUAAUCAUUUGUUAUCCUCUAACUGGAGCGUUGGUUCAUCAGCUCAAGCACUACAAGAAGUGAGGAUGAAUUACAACGAGCUAACUGACAUUCCCUUCUUUGGUGAAUUGACAUCUAACAUCACACUUCUCUCACUAGUACAUAAUAGAAUCCCAGAGAUCAUCCCUGAACAGCUUCAGCUUUAUGUUUCCUUGGAGAACCUUGACCUCAGCUCUAACUUAAUAUAUGAAAUCAAAGCCUCUGCAUUCCCACGAAUGCAGUUGAAGUACCUGAAUCUGAGCAACAAUAGAAUAACAACUCUGGAAGCAGGCUGCUUUGAUAAUAUAUCCAGCUCACUCAUUGUCGUAAAACUAAACAGAAACCGAAUCAGCAUGAUUCCAUCAAAGACUUUCAGGCUGCCUCAUGUGCAACUCUUGGAGCUCAAAAGAAACCGAAUUAAAGUAGUUGAGAGCCUUACCUUCCAAGGCUUGGACUCCUUAAAGUCAUUAAAAAUGCAGCGCAAUGGAAUUAGCAGGCUGAUGGAUGGUGCUUUAUUUGGAUUGGAUAAUAUGGAAGAACUAGAUCUGGAGCACAAUAACCUGACUGAAGUAAACAAGGGUUGGCUGUAUGGCUUGAGGGCAUUACAACAGCUCUAUGUCAGCCAGAAUGCCAUUAACAAGAUCAGUCCAGAUGCAUGGGAGUUCUGCCAAAGGCUUUCUGAACUAGAUCUCUCAUACAACCAGCUGACCCGCCUGGAUGAAUCUGCUUUCAUUGGCCUAAAUUUAUUGGAGAGAUUAAACUUGAGUGAUAACAGAGUCAGUCACAUUGCGGAUGGUGUUUUUAAGGGACUUUCAAACCUGCAAACUUUAGAUCUGAGAAAUAAUGAGAUCUCCUGGGCCAUAGAAGACACAAAUGAAGCAUUUGUAGGACUUGACAGACUCAAUAAAUUGAUUCUUCAAGGAAACCAGAUUAAGACCAUCACAAAAAAAGCAUUUUCUGGUCUUCAGGCUCUUGAAUGCCUAGAUUUGAACAACAAUGCAAUAAUGUCUAUUCAAGAACAUGCCUUUGACCAGCCUCUUCUUAAGGAGCUGGGAUUGAACACCAGCAGCUUACUGUGUGACUGCCAGCUGAAGUGGCUGGUCCCAUGGCUGACCCAGCACCAUUUACAGGAUGCUGUCAGUGUGGCUUGCUCUCACCCAGAAUGGCUAGCUGGACAGAACAUCCUCAACGUGGACCCCGAAGACUUAGUUUGCGAUGACUUUCCCAAGCCGCAGAUCCAAGUACACCCUGAGAGUACCAUUGCACUUAGAGGCACCAAUGUUACCCUGACUUGCAAGGCAGUGAGCAGCAGUGAUUCGCCUAUAUCCACCACCUGGAGGAAGGACAGUGAAAUUCUAUAUGAUGCGGACAUACAGAAUUUUGCCAGGUACCAGCAACAAGAUGGCGAAGUUCUGGAGUACACGACUGUCCUGCAUGUUUUCAAUGUGAACUUUACGGAUGAAGGACAGUAUCAGUGUAUCAUCUCCAACCACUUUGGAUCCAAUUAUUCCAACAAGGCCAAGCUGACUGUCAAUGAGCUACCGUCUUUUGUGAAAACCCCUAUGGAUCUAACUAUCCGGACUCGAGCCAUGGCUAAAUUGGAGUGUGCUGCAGAAGGCCACCCCCCGCCUCAGAUUUCCUGGCAGAAAGAUGGAGGCACGGACUUCCCUGCUGCUCGUGAAAGGCGCAUGCAUGUGAUGCCGGAAGAUGAUGUCUUCUUCAUUGCAAAUGUGAAAAUGGAAGACAUGGGGAUCUACAGCUGCAUGGCCCAAAACGUGGCCGGAGGUCUAUCGGCAAAUGCAACCUUGACCGUGUUAGAAACACCUUCGUUUGUCAGGCCCCUGGAGGACAGGACUGUGGCCCGAGGAGAAACGGCUGUGUUGCAGUGUAUUGCUGGUGGCAGCCCUGCCCCUCGUGUAAACUGGACCAAAGAUGACGGGCCCCUGACCGUAACAGAGCGGCAUUUCUUUGCUGCCGCCAACCAGCUGCUUAUCAUUGUAGAUGCUGGCUUAGAGGAUGCUGGGAAAUAUACCUGUAUUAUAUCCAAUACGCUUGGCACAGAGCGUGGUCACAUCUACCUGCAUGUCAUAUCCCCGCCAAACUGCGACUCAACCCAGAAUGGCAUUGGAAUUGAAGAUGAUGGCUGGACAACAGUUGGCAUUGUGAUUAUUGUUGUGGUUUGCUGUGUUGUGGGCACCUCUCUGGUAUGGGUUAUUGUUAUCUAUCAUAUGAGGAGGAAGAGUGAAGACUACAGCAUAACUAACACAGAGGAGGUAAAUUUGCCUGCUGAUAUUCCUAGUUACUUAUCCUCCCAAGGGACUCUGUCUGAGCCACAGGAAGGCUACAGCAAUUCUGAGGCAGGAAGCAAUCAGCAGCUGAUGCCUCCUGCCAGUGGUUAUGCACACAAAGGCACAGAGGGAGGCACAGGGCCAUUGGUGAUCUGUUCAGACUGCUAUGACAAUGCCAACAUUUACUCCAGAACCAGAGAAUAUUGUCCUUAUGCAUACAUCACUGAUGAAGACCCACUUGAUCAAACGCUGUCCAGCCUAAUGGUGCAGAUGUCCAAAGAGCCCUACUCGAUGUGCACGCAGCAUGAAGCCCCUGCUAUGGACAGUAUCUCAGCUGACAGAGACAUGUCUGUCUUCCUUACCAAUCAUGACAGAAUGCAUGAGAGGAAACCCUGCCCCCAACCCUGUAACACCGAUCCUUUUCAGCUGCCGUUAUGGGGCAUCAAUAACGAUCUUGGGAUGCCACACCCCCAUUUCUCCCCUCAGCCCAAGACCCACGAGGUGCCACAAGCUCUGCAAAAUGAGGGCAUCGCAGAGAAUGACCACGAGCCGGUUAUUUCCCCCCGACCUCACCACAGGCCGCAUGAACAUAACUUUGAUUUUAACAGGACUCGGAACAUACAGGAAUAUCAUGAAACGACAUAAGUGGCAUCCAAAUAGGAAGCCUUAGCAGCAAGUCUGAAGCAGUUGACAAUGUCUUCACUACCUCAGGAUCUGCCUCAUGGCCAAAGAUGCUCCGUGCUUGCAACAGAGUCUGAGCAGACCAGCCCAGUGACUAGUGCCCCAAGCAAAGAGUGUAAUAAUGGAAGUCCUUUCUUCUGUAAGGCUCAGCUGUCAUGGCAAACUGAAUGGUGGACAGAAAAGAACAAAUACUACUCUGAGGGGAGGAAUUG